AUGGCGCCCCCUCGCUCUCGCCUCGCCGUGCCCCUGGCCCUCGCCGCCCUCGUCGCCGGCGCCGUCCUCAGGGCGUCGGUCGCAGCCGCCGCCUCGCCCUUCCUCCUGCCGGGGGAGCGCGAGCGGGAGCUGCAGUUCCACCUGUCGCAGGACAAGCGCGUCGCCAAGAGGCUGGACGACGAGUUCCACGUGGACAUCCUGCGCUUCUUCUCGGAGCGGGAGGUGCAGGAGGCCACGAAGGAGGAGUACACGUCCAUCCCGCACCCGAUCACCUACACGUCGCAGCUGCUGCAGCAGGGCGUCAACUGCUCCAACCUGCAGUCGGAGCUGCACGAGAACUACAUCGACCCCGAGGUCCUCCUCUACCCCGAGUGGAUCUACGAGUCCAAGCUCAUCGGCGACUGCCCCACGCACUACAAGACGCGCGAGCUGCCGCCCAAGUACUCGCCGGCGAUGGUGCUGGAGGCCGAGUGCGCCUGCGGGGAGUCGCAGUGCUCGAGGAGCGGCCACCAGUGCGUGCCCGUGUCGCUCCACGUGCCCGUGUGGGUGCGCCGAGGCCCCAACCUGCACGUGCUCGACGUCGAGGAGGUCACCGUGGCCUGCGCCUGCGCCAUGCGGCCCAGCUUCCAGGGCAACUUCAUCUUCUCGGCGGCCAUCCAGAGCUAG